UUCUCUCUUUAUGACUUAUACCUCACUUACAGUAUACCUAGACAAUAUACAACAACGACUAGGUUAAGAUAUACCAAUCCUCAUCACAUGCCAAGACUAGCUAUUUACCCCUAUACCCCGCCAUACUUAGAACCCUAAAAGCUCUCCUCAUCUACAAGCAUAUUUCGAAUGUUUCCGAGAAAGAAAGUCGUAUCGCAGCUCGAACCUUGAUCGAGCGAACUUCUUUACCUUCCAAUUCGUCGUACCAACACAUCAAAUCCCCUACUGAAAAUACAAUAUACACAAUAUACACGAAACACGUACAAUAAUAAUAUGCCGGCUACAAAUCUGCUGCGGGGCAAAACCGCCAUCAUAACGGGGGGCACCACGGGUAUCGGCCGAGCCAUUGCCCUCGAAUAUCUGCGUCAGGGGUCCAACGUGGUAGUGAACCAUCUAGGCCUUGAGCGCGACCAGCCUCAUCUUGAAUCGCUACUCGCCGAAGCCGAAUCUCUCAAGACCUCCAACACCGACCCCAACACAACAAUAGGUACGCUCGACCAUCUCGCCGGCGACGUCUCGGAUCCAGCUACAGGACCCGCGCUCGUAGCUCACGCCGUCUCACGCUUCGGCCGCUUGGACAUAUGCGUGAGCAAUGCGGGAAUCUGCCAAUUCGCAGAAUUCCUGACUUUAACCGGGGACCUGUGGUCGCGGACGGUGCGCACAAAUCUCGACGGCGCAUUCUACGUCGUGCAAGCUGCGGCGCGACAGAUGGCGUCUCAAGACCCGUUACCCUCGUCCUCUUCUUCGUGGAGAAAACCGCAACGCGGAUCCAUCAUCGGAUUAAGUUCCAUCUCGGCGUUGGUAGGCGGCGGACAGCAGACGCACUACACGCCGACGAAAGCCGGGGUGUUAUCGUUGAUGCAGAGCUGCGCGGUGGCGUUGGGUUCACACGGCAUCCGGUGCAAUGCGCUGCUUCCGGGUACGAUUCGGACGCAGCUCAACGACGAGGAUCUGGCCGAUGAUGCGAAGCGCGCUUAUAUGGAGGGUCGUAUUCCGCUGGGACGCACCGGCGACCCGCGCGAUAUGGCGGGGCCGGCCGUCUUCCUCGCCUCCGACGAGCUGAGCGGUUAUGUGACUGGUUCGCAGCUACUGGUUGACGGAGGUUUAUUCGUUAAUCUACAGUGACGAGAUACCCUUUGACAACUCUGAUGAUGGUAAAACCCCACCUGCUGAUCGGUCGGGAUCGAUAUACACAUCCAUCCAUCCAUCCACCCAUCUAUCCACCAUCAUCGGGAAUCCGGGCCCCUGCUCCCAUUCUCGCCCUCUGUCCUAACCCUAAUGAUACCGUGCGUAUUCGCCUUGCCCGCAUGCAUCCAACCAUUAACAGUAGGUACUCAGGCUGGUAGUUAGGCAAACACGUACCCAUUCCAAACACACGUACGUAUUUGCGUACAUAAUCGAAGGUGCCGAGAAGAGUGAGUGGAUAGCAAGACGGCUUAUGUGGAAACGUGGCAGAUCACGGUGGCAAAUACGACAUAUUGGAACGUACAAGAACAAUAAGAUCGAAAUGUGGGCUGAUCCGGGAGUUCAGGUUGAUUAAAUGUUGAUUUGAGGCUCAAGAAGUAGGGUCGGAAGACGAUAUACUGAAGGUCUGCGUAAUUAUGAUUGGUACUGGAGUAAUGGUUACGUGUUACCGGCUUAUUAGCAAAGCAGUAGUAAGAGCUGAGAUAUCCCAGAGACUCAUCAAUGCAACACUAGAAGCAUUCUUCUCCCCAAAGCCAAGAAUUUGCCGGAUUAAAAUGCCGAAGCAGUAGAC